AGCUAUUUCCGCCUCCGAAGCGGGUCCUUUCCUGUCUACGGCCUGUCGAAGAUGGCGGUGCAGAUCUCCAAGAAGAGGAAGUUCGUCUCUGACGGAAUCUUCAAGGCCGAGCUGAACGAGUUCCUCACCCGCGAGCUGGCUGAGGAUGGGUACUCGGGGGUGGAGGUGCGCGUGACUCCCACCAGGACGGAGAUCAUCAUCCUGGCCACAAGGACCCAGAAUGUCCUGGGAGAGAAGGGCCGACGGAUCCGAGAGCUGACCGCCGUGGUCCAGAAGAGGUUUGGCUUCCCCGAGGGCAGCGUGGAGCUGUACGCUGAGAAGGUGGCCACCCGCGGCCUGUGCGCCAUCGCCCAGGCCGAGUCGCUGCGCUACAAGCUGCUGGGGGGGCUGGCGGUCCGCAGGGCCUGCUACGGCGUUCUGAGGUUCAUCAUGGAGAGCGGCGCUAAGGGCUGCGAGGUGGUGGUCUCCGGGAAGCUCCGGGGUCAGAGGGCCAAGUCCAUGAAGUUCGUGGACGGUCUGAUGAUCCACAGCGGAGACCCCGUCAACUACUACGUGGACACGGCGGUGCGCCACGUGCUGCUGAGACAGGGUGUUCUGGGCAUCAAGGUGAAGAUCAUGCUGCCCUGGGACCCCAGCGGCAAGAUCGGCCCCAAGAAGCCCCUCCCCGACCACGUCAGCAUCGUGGAGCCCAAAGAGGAGCUGCUGCCCACCACGCCCAUGUCCGAGCAGAAGGGGGCCAAACCUGAGGUGCCCGUCAUGCCCCAGGGGGCGCCGGUGCCCACCGCAUGAGACGGUUUUCGUCUGUUCACCACAUGGAAGAAACCUUCUGACUUUUGUGUACAAAACCAAUAAAAUGUGGAAAAUACA